AUGAUCGUGCUGAUGUGGAAUAAGUGCUCCUGCUGUCUCCUCUUACUAGCCGCGGUCCUGAUCGUGGAGAGCUCCCAGCUAGACAGCUCCAGCUCCAAGGUGAACUCCAUCAAGUCCAUCCUGAUGGGGGAGGCUCCAACUCAGGCAACCAACAGAUCUGCAGGCAUCCACCAGGGACUGACGCUUGCUAGCAGUAAGAAGGGCAAAAUGCUAGAGCAGAUGGGAAAAGCUCCCAAGCAUUAUCACCGGCAAGGAGAGGCUUAUCCUUGUACCAAUGAUAAGGAAUGCGAAGUUGGGCGAUACUGUCACAGUCCUCAUCAAGCAACGUCUGCGUGCAUGAUAUGCCGGAGGAAGAAGAAGCGUUGUCACAGAGAUGGCAUGUGCUGCCCUGGGAACCGCUGCAACAAUGGUAUUUGCAUACCGGUAACCGAAAGCAUCCUUACACCUCACAUCCCUGCUCUAGAAGGGCCACGCAACAAGAAGAAUGGUCAUUAUGCUAGCAAGGAUUUGGGAUGGCAAAACCUAGGGAGGCCGCGCUCCAAGCUGUCGCACAUAAAAGGACAUGAAGGCGAUCCCUGCCUACGGUCAUCAGACUGUAUUGAGGGACACUGCUGUGCUCGCCAUUUCUGGACCAAAAUUUGCAAGCCUGUGUUGCAUCAGGGGGAGGUGUGCACCAAACAGCGCAAGAAAGGGUCCCACGGACUGGAGAUUUUCCAACGAUGUGACUGUGCCAAGGGGCUGUCUUGCAAAGUAUGGAAAGAUGCGACCUCCUCUUCUAAAUCAAGACUUCACGUGUGCCAGAAAAUCUGAAUGAGGAUUGGGAAGACAGUAUUAAGUGACUGUGGCUUUAUGUAUUUAAUGCAUUAGGGCGUGGUGGGAAAUGAGGACUGCAAAUGAAAGCAGAAUGGCUAAAGUAACAGUUAGGGUAGGAGUAGAAGUCACACCAAAUGCAUUUCUUUUUGAGCUGGUGGUAAACACAAG